CUAUACCUACUCAACAACCCCACCAUCCAAAGAACAAUGGCCAGCACGAUAGCCCGCACUGAGGAACGCCAGAGCGCUGGGUGAGUAGUACUACUGCGAGUCUAUUCCCUCGCUGACAUCACACCCCUCCUUCCUCUUCCCCCUCCUCCGUUUCCUCCGUUCCCUCCUUGUCCACCGCCCAACUACUGCUAUGUGAACUUCACCCACCACCAAAACCACCACCACCACCACCACCACCAACUUCUUACUACCGGGCCGGUUGCCAAACACUCAUCUACCAACCCGCCCCGCUUCUACCUUUCCCCUCUCCCCAGUCCCGCGAUCGCGUUUCCUACCAAUUCGUGAUCAAGAUCAAAGAUUCCGUUGAAUUUGCCCUUUUUUCUGUCAUUUUCUGCCGUUUCCCGAUUCUACGUAAUUUUCUCCAAUCGACAGACAUCAGAUCCUUGCAAUUAUCAGCCAGUCCCUGCCGACUUGAGAAGCUAAUAUGGACUUCGAACGCAGCAACGCCGAACUCAAAGAUGACACCGUCAUUGUAGUACUAGGUGCAUCCGGAGAUCUUGCGAAGAAGAAGACUUUCCCCGCGCUCUUCGGCCUCUACCGCAACAAGUUCCUGCCCAAGGGCAUCAAGAUCGUCGGCUAUGCCCGGACAAACAUGGAUCACGAAGAAUAUCUGAGACGUGUGCGCUCAUACAUCAAGACUCCCACCAAGGAAAUCGAAGAGCAACUGGAUAGCUUCUGCCAGUUCUGCAGCUACAUCUCCGGCCAGUACGACAAGGAUGACUCUUUCAUCAACCUCAACAAGCACCUCGAGGAGGUGGAGAAAGGCCAGAAGGAGCAGAACAGAAUCUUCUACAUGGCACUUCCCCCCAGUGUCUUCACCACCGUCUCCGACCAGUUGAAGCGCAACUGCUACCCCAAGAGCGGCGUUGCUCGCAUCAUCGUUGAGAAGCCCUUCGGUAAGGACCUGCAGAGCUCGCGCGACCUCCAGAAGGCCCUCGACCCCAACUGGAAGGAGGAGGAGAUCUUCCGUAUCGACCACUACCUGGGUAAGGAGAUGGUCAAGAACAUCCUCAUCAUGCGCUUCGGAAACGAAUUCUUCAACGCCACAUGGAACCGCCACCACAUUGAUAACGUUCAGAUCACUUUCAAGGAGCCUUUCGGCACUGAGGGUCGUGGCGGUUACUUCGAUGAGUUCGGUAUCAUCCGUGAUGUGAUGCAAAACCACCUUCUGCAGGUCUUGACCCUGCUCGCUAUGGAGCGCCCUAUCUCCUUCUCUGCUGAGGAUAUCCGUGACGAGAAGGUCCGUGUUCUCCGCGCAAUGGACGCCAUUGAGCCCAAGAACGUCAUCAUCGGUCAGUACGGAAAGUCGCUGGACGGCAGCAAGCCCGCCUACAAGGAGGAUGAGACCGUCCCCCAGGACUCUCGUUGCCCCACCUUCUGCGCCAUGGUUGCCUACAUCAAGAACGAGAGAUGGGAUGGCGUUCCUUUCAUCCUGAAGGCCGGAAAAGCCUUGAACGAGCAGAAGACCGAGAUCCGUAUCCAGUUCCGUGACGUCACGUCUGGAAUCUUCAAGGACAUUCCCCGCAACGAGCUCGUUAUCCGUGUCCAGCCCAACGAGUCCGUCUACAUCAAGAUGAACUCCAAGUUGCCUGGUCUGUCCAUGCAGACUGUGGUGACCGAGCUCGACCUCACCUACCGUCGCCGCUUCUCCGACCUCAAGAUCCCCGAAGCCUACGAGUCCCUGAUCCUCGACGCCUUGAAGGGCGACCACUCCAACUUCGUCCGUGACGAUGAAUUGGAUGCUAGCUGGAGAAUCUUCACCCCUCUUCUACACUACCUUGACGACAACAAGGAGAUCAUCCCCAUGGAAUACCCCUACGGAUCCCGUGGACCCGCUGUUCUGGAUGACUUCACGGCCUCUUUCGGCUACAAAUUCAGCGAUGCCGCUGGCUACCAGUGGCCCUUGACCUCUACCCCCAACCGGUUGUAAAUCAUGGCAUAGCCAUUAGGACCGCCUCAAGUUGAAAAGGGGUCUAACGAAUGAAGUAAAAUGUCAGACUAAGUUAUGAAAAAAAAAAUGUUAAUGCUAUGGGGCGAGAUCUACGGCAAGACCGGACAUGUGGGUUGAUAUGACAGGAAUGCAAGCUUAACGGUACUGUUCAUCGGUCGGUCGGGCAAUGACUGGAGUUACUGUUUACAACCCCUUCUAUUUCUUAGAAACGAAUGCAGAGCACGUUACGAAUCAUAUGAGUCUGGUCUGGUCAUGGCGUGGUGUUUAGAGAUGGCAUGGCGUGGUUCAGGAUGGCUGUC